CUUACCCUCCUUUCUCUGCUUGUGCUGUGUAGGGUUGGCUGGUUCAGUUAGAACGUCAAAGUGGGCUUGUGCAAAUGUGUGUGUGUGUGUGCUUGCCUCGGAGGGCGCAUGCGAACAGAGGCCCAUAGGGAAAGUCUCCCCAUAUUUCAGCCAGCUGCCCUGCUGUAAACAUUUCAGCGCUUAAGAGUGGAGGAAGAAGACGAUGGAAGGUGGAACACACAAAUCCCCAUCCAAACUACACUCGAAUAUCAACUCUUAGCACUUUCUUAAAGGAACGAGAAGAGGCCAGAGAGGGGUGGACCUUGCUGUCGCGGCUAACAAGCUCCUUUCCAAGUGCUGCUAGCGCUUAGAUUCCUCUCGGUUUGGGAGUAGAGGGCAUGCUGCAACAGAGGGGUGUUCUCAAACAAACUAUCUGACCCUGGGGGUUAACUAAAAUCAGGCUCUGUGAGGCUCGCUGGGGGAGGGAGGGGACAGCAGUUAGCAUAAGGCUACUGUGGGGCUGCUGCACUGCUAGCACACAGCAGCAGCAGGGAAGAGGAGAUGGCCACAGGAGAAAUCACCACUCUACCCGCCACACCUGAAGAUGGAGGCAGUGGCGGCUUCCUUCCAGGAAACUUUAAGGAGCCCAAGAGGUUGUACUGUAAAAACGGAGGCUACUUCUUGAGGAUAAACUCUAACGGAAGCGUAGACGGGAUCAGAGAUAAGAACGACCCCCACAAUAAGCUUCAACUCCAGGCGACCUCAGUGGGGGAAGUAGUAAUCAAAGGGGUCUCAGCCAACCGCUAUCUGGCCAUGAAUGCAGAUGGAAGACUGUUUGGAGCGAGACGGACAACAGAUGAAUGCUACUUUGUGGAGAGGCUGGAGAGUAACAACUACAACACCUACCGCUCUCGAAAGUACCCUGAAAUGUAUGUGGCACUGAAAAGGACUGGCCAGUACAAGUCAGGAUCCAAAACUGGACCCGGCCAAAAAGCCAUUCUCUUUCUCCCCAUGUCGGCCAGACGCUGAGCUCACCUUGUCGUACCAAUCUUAAAGUCAGCCUGGCUGUACACAAACAAACAGGACAUGAAAAAAUACAAUGGCGCCUAUUAAAUGACUGUGACGACAUAAUCAUCCUGUAGUUAGGUACUUUAACGGCAAUUCAAUUCAACUAUAUAAUGUGAGUUUGACUAGAGCUGCUUCAAAUAUUCUAGUUUACUUUGAUACUCUGCUUGUGGUUUAACAAUUUUGAAGGUACAUUAUUUAAGACGAAAAAGAAAGUGAUAACACACAAGAUGCCACUUAGUAGCUCUGGGCUUUAAACAUGUGCUUUUUACUGCACUGCAGUACAGGUUAGCUUGGUCAUGCCCACAACUUUACUUGAUCCAACUUUUAAAUAGAACAUUGGGUUGGCAAAGAUAAAUCGAGCACACCAUUACUCUAAAGUCAUUGCAACACAAACAGUAGACCUAGUACAAUACUACAGUAUAUGAUAUUGCACCUCUCAAUCUUAACAUAUGAAUGAUUAAUUUGAUUUUAGAGCUUAGUGGCCCUGAGGUUCUUUCCAAACAGAGUAGCCUAUUUCUUCAAAUUGUGUAUAUUUUUUAUCUUUACAGACAAGAGGUACGUACGUCUUGUGAUUUGUGAAAAAUGUCCUUUACAGUGGUCAUCAUCGGUACCAUUGGCUACACCCUCGUUCCCGUGUAACAGUUCAGAAAAACCUAUUCCAGUCUGUAAAAAUAUACACUUCAAGUAGUAUGGUGAAAGGCCAUCCACACGCUCAUAUGAAUAGCACUGACGUGUUCGUGCCAUUAGCAUCGAUGCACUAGGCUAGGCAGGUCCUAUCCUCAGGUCUAGUGUUUAAGUGCUGAGGCAGCACCCUGUGGUGCAGCUGUUAGAACCUCCCUGAGUAGACAGCUGGCAGCUCCUCCAUAACCAGGUCAAUCUUGUCGAAGCCCUGGUUCAGGCCGUGAAAUAGAAGCCUGGCUAGGCGGCUAGUGAUAGGAGUAGUGGAGCUAGUCUUGGUUAGCUCCAGCCACUCACAGCGCAGGGACUCCUGGGUGCAGAAGUUGAUGUCGUAUGUGAGGGGGCUGAGGCGGCAGAUGAUGUACAUGUCGGACAUACCAAAAGCACCUGGGAGGUUGUGCUGCUGCCGGAUGCUCAGGAGGGACUUGAACUCUGAGCGGACUACCGUCUCCUCAAAGACCUCACGGACCGCAGUGAAGGCUUGGAAAAGAAACAAACAGAACAAAAGGAGAUUUUAUAUGUUUGUACUGUUCUUUAAACAUCUUUGUUUUGAAAACCCCAUUACUGUACAUCUUAUCUGACUGCAUGAUAAUGCUCACUGGACACAAAUAAAAAUGGUGUGAUACAAUGUGAGCGCCCUUAACAACAUUUUUACAUUGUAAUUCAUGAAAAUGAAAUUUGGUUCUAAAAAGGGAAUUCGAUUGUACUUUAAUCACAUACAAUGCUGCUUCAGUAGGUGGGGCUUUGUACCAAAAGCUGCUUAAAAAAACAAGUUGAACUUGUAACUAGUAAAACGUUUAUUUGAAGUCUGUUUUAAGUCUUAAAAUUGUUUAGAUAUAUGCUUGAGUGUAGUUCAUAUGAAUGUCUGAGGAGGCAGUUUCAAAAAGUAAACAUUCCUAUGAAUAUGUAUGUGUGUAUGCAUUUAGAUAUUGUCUAUGUAUGGUAUACGUUAUGUGGUUGCAUCACUGACCAAUGUUUUCUCCUGGAUCAGAGAGCCCUCCAGGGAACUUCCAUGCAUUUACUGUCUGAAGUUAAGUCACAAUAAUAUACUUUGAAUUAGGAUGCAAAUUGAAUGGGCUGCAUCCAAGUCUUUUAUUUGUGAAAGUGUACUCCAGUGUCCUUCAGCAUUGAUAAGUAUGUUACAAUUGUAUGUGCAUGGGCUCAAAUCCUAACUUACAUCCACCUAAUUCACACUUGUCAAAUGUAUGCUUUAAUGUUAAAAGUUAUGCUUUGUACUCAGAUGUAAAGAUAGGAUUCUGCCCGAUGCGCUAAAUAUUAAUUUUGAUGUGAUUGUAUGUUGUUAUUCUUGAGAAAAUCUAAGCAAUUAAGUUUGGUCUUUAGUUUCACCACUCUUAAACUAUAUUUAAAGACAGAUCACUGCUGUUUAAAUGGUGAAGUAGUUGUAUACAUUUAUUGUAGCUUAAUUAAAAUUCUACUUUUUGUUUGCAAUUAUAAAACAAUAUUUUUCUGUAUUUGAUUUGCUUGAUCUUGUUCAAAGUUUUGAUGAACAGUAAAGCUUUCAUAAUUUGAUUUAUUUUUGUAAACAUACAUACCUACAGUGCUAUAUUUGUUGAAGCUACUUAUAUCUGCAACAAGAUAGGAAAAUUCAAGAAUAAACGUUUCUUAACAAUA